AAUUCUCACCGUGUAUACUUUCACAUAAAAGCCUUUAAUGGUAGACAUUAUUUGAUAUUAGAUUCUUAUUUUUUUGUCUGACUUCUGAACUCACAUUUUAUCUUUAGAAUUUCGAGUUUGUACGAGCUAUUUAAUUUCUGGCCAGUUUAUACCCUAGUUUCACUUCGGCUUGAGACAAUUCAGAACAAAAGGAAAAAAGUUGGCUGCUUCAUCGUAGAAUGGUUCUUCACAAAGUUGACGUUUUGGGCAACGAUUUAGAUUUUGCAAAUCAAUUGAGUGAAAUUUGUUUUCGACCGCUAGAAUCGUUUCAGACACAAUUUUCAGUGUGUAACAUUUGGGAAGAUUUGAUCUCCAAUUGUAAUUCACUAUUUAAAAUAACCGAUAUAAAAUAUUCUGAUAUUGGAACAUUUGGUGUAUGGAUCGAUCCAAUAGACUCAACAGCUGAUUAUGCUCAAGGUCAAUUUGAUAAAUAUCAUUUUACUUCAAUUAAUUCAUCAUCUACUCAUUUAUCUGGUAUAGAAUUAGAUAAUCUAAAUCAAAUUAAUCAUUUUUUUGAAAAUCCAACAAGUUUAAUACGUUUCUAUCAUGGUAGUCUUAUUAAUGUGACAAUUUUAUUAGGUUUAUUUGAUUAUUCAAAUGGUUUACCAUUAAUUGGUGUUAUAAAUCAACCAUUUUAUUUAAAUAAUAUUAUCAAUUCAUCUAAUAAUAAUACUAAUAAUGAUCAUUUAUCAACUGAUGAAAUAAAUUCAUUAUAUCAUUAUGGAAGAAUAUUUUGGGGUUUCAAUAUGAUGGAUUCGGGAAAUUCUUUAUCUAUUAAUAAAUAUUCAAAUAAUUGUUCUAAAAAUUAUAUAUUGAAUCCUUUGGAUCAUUUAAAUUUACCUAAAUAUCUACAUUUUCCAGAUAAUUUUUUUGAUGUACUUUGUCCAGAUCGUAUAUUUAAUGAAGAGAAACCAAUUUUAAAACUUGUUUGUAGUUCUGUAGAAUUUAGUCGUUUAACUAAUUUAUUUCAUAACUAUAAAGAUGCUAAUCAAGAUUUAGUCAAUGUUGUGUUUUUGUCAUCAUCCGGAGCUGGUUUUAAGCAAUUAUGUGUGAUAUUAGAUCAAGUGGAUGCAUUUAUUUUAAUGGAACCAAAUACAUUUAUAUGGGAUACAUGUGGACCACAUACAAUAAUUAAUUCAUUAGGUGGUGGUAUUAUACAAUUAAAAUAUGCAUUAAAUUCUAUUAAAUUAUUAUUAUUACAAAAACAAUUAUCAAAUAAUUACAAUAUAAUUAUUGAAUUAAUAAUGAAUGAUUUACAUAAAUAUCAAAUUAAUUACAAUAUUAUUAAAUCAUCCGAAGAGAUACAAACAGUCAACUCGGUCAAUCUUUCCAAAUGUUGCAAUCGUAAUGGUUUAUUAGCUUAUCGUAAUCCAUUGAUAGCUAGUCAAAUUCUUCUUCAUAUUGCAUUAAAUCAAAAAUAG